AUGGAGACGCUGAACCAUGCAGGCAGGUAUGAGGCGAGCAUGGGUGCAUGGCCGCAUGUCAUGGUGCUACAAGGGGGGGAGGAGGAGGAAGGGGAAGGGCGGAUGGGCGGUAUGGGUGCAGGAAGGGUGGGAGAGUGGGAGGGAGGAGAAUGGGGCAGGGCGACAGCAGCAGCAGCAGCAGCAGCAGCAGGCGCUAACGCUGGUGCGAAUCUGCCCGGCUUGCGGGCGUGCAAUGCAUACCUGGCAGCGCUCACAGGCGCGGCUGCUAAAGCAGCGGCGGAGGGGCGAGGAGAGGAGGCAGCGCGGUGGGGGGAGGAGGCAGAGGCGUUUUUUCGGGAGAUGCUGCGGGCAGAGAGAGGGCCGCUGACUGCGGCCUUCAACUCGCUGCUGCAGAUGUACCUCCACCAGUCGCGCCUGAAUGACCUCGAGAGGCGCUUCCAAGGCAUGAAGGAGGUGGGGUGCAUCCCCGACCGCACGUCCUACCACCUGCGCCUGGCAGCGCACAUCAAAGCCGGGAACCUCGGCAUGGCAAAGAGAAUCUUCCUGGAAAUGAACUCCAACAAAGAGACAGGCGCAGACGGACACACCUACAACCUGCUCAUAGCAGCGUGCGGAGCAGCAGGCGACACCCGAGCUGUGCGCUCCCUGUAUGUGGAAAUGGUGGGGAAUAGGAAAGACCGGGGGAGGAAACCCGGCAUGGUGUUGGUAGGAGCGGCGAGGGAAGCGGCAGAAGCAGUAGUGGGGAAGCUGAGGGUGUUGAGGGACGAGAGCCGGAGCAUGAAGCUGAGUAAAGAGCAACGGCAGGUGCUUGCAGGGGUGCUGCUGGGCGGUGCGAGGAUUGCUGCGCAGGACAACGAACGGACGUACGAGAUCCACUUUGAGCAGCCGCUGGACAAUCCUGGCCGUGUAGACCUGCUGGAGGCGCUGUUCCGGGCGUUUGGCCCAUGGGCCAGUGCGCCGCCCAGAAACAUGCUCCUGCUCAUGCCGCCCGCGCCUAGUGCGUCGCCUGAUGCUGCCGCCGCCGCUGCCGCUGUUGCUGCUAACACCGCUGCUACCACUGCUGCUGCUGCUGCUGCUGCUGCUGCUGGUGCCUCCGACCCCCUAGCAGCAGCAGGCGUGCAUCCCAUCCGCGUGCGUCACUUUGCCACCAUCCCCCACACGUCCCUGCGCUACCACGCGCAGCGGUACCACCCGCAGGGCAACCGCGCGGUGCCUAAACUCAUCCAGCGCUGGCUCACCCCCAAGACGCUCGCCCACUGGUACAUGUACAGCGGGCGGCGCUGCGAGGACACCGGGGGGAUGAUCCUGCACGCCAAGCAGUAUUCGAGUCGGGACUUGAGAAGGAUUGCGCGGGCGCUUUGUGUGUCGGUGAGGGAUUGUUGGGUGAAGAUGAGGUAUCGGCGGCCUGGGCAACGGGUGCUGGAGAGAGGGGGGAGGAAGAAGGGGAAGAAGUUGAAAAAGGGGGGGAGGGGAAAGGAGGGAGGGGAUGGGGAGGAGGGAGGGGAGGGGAGUGGAGUGAGGGAUAGGUUGAGGUGGAAGGCGCAGAUGGGGAGGGUGGCUUUGGAAAGUCCGUGGGAUGCGCCGAACCUGAUUCGGUUCGGCGGAGCCACGGCGACGAGGCUGUGGAAGUUCAUGGAGGGGCAUGUGCUGCCGAGCCUGAGGGACGAGCUUCGGCCGGGCGUGAGGAUGAGGUUUGGGGGAGGUGAUUCACGGGCGGGUGGUGCCAGCAGGCUUGAUGUCAGGGGAGGUGGUUUGGUGGAAGAGAGUGGGGAGAGAGAAUGUGGUGGGGAGGUGGAAAAGGAUGGGGGUUGGGAGGAGGAAGUGGGGGAAACGAUGGUGGGGGGUGGGGGGUUGAUGGGUAGAGAGGGGAAAGAGGGUGGGGAGGUGUGGUCUGAUGAUGCAUGGGGUUCAGAUGGGUCGGAUGAGGUGGGAAGAGAUGAGGAUGAGGAAGAGGACGACGAGGAGGAUGAGGAUGAAGAGGAAGAGGAAGGGGAGGACGAUGAGGACGAUGAGGGCGAUGAGGAUGAGGAGGAUGAAAAUGAUGUUGACGAUGAUGGAGAUGAGGAUUGGGAGGAGGACGAAGAAGCGGAAUCUGACCAUCACAGAGAGGAGGGCGGUGGCUUGAAAUGGGAGCGGGAAGCAGAGGGGAAGGAGCAGGAAAGUUUCCUCGUCAAGCCUAAAGGCGGUGACGAUUCAAGGCAGGGAGGACAGCACGGGCUAAAAGUGGGGGUUGAUACUGCCUCUCAGCUAGGCAUCGAGAACCGGGAAGGGAGAGGCUCAGAGCCUGGCGGGUUCGAGAGGAGGAGAGGGGUUCGGGGAAGGGGGAGGGAGAAGGAUACGAGGGAGGAGAUCGGGCUGAAUGAGUGGAUCCCUUUGGAGCUCGCUCUUUAUAUGGAGAAGGUGCAGACCCCAGUGUUCAAGAAGAAACCCAAGAAGCGAAGGUAGUAGCUUGUGUUUGGGGGCUUUAAUCUGUAAGGAGACGGUUCAAAGUUUGUGCUUGCUUUAAGAAAAACAAGUGGAUCCCAUUGGUGCCUGCUCUGAAAGAGGAAAAUUGCGCAAGCCAAGGUACGGUAUUCACGAUUCCCAAGGAAUGAACGCGACUUUUAUUA